AUGCCUUGCUUCAGAUCUCAACGACACCUGAAAAGAACGAGUUCAACACUCAGGAAAAAAUAUACUAUUUCUGACCGCUCUCAGGAUCGCGUGACGUCAGCGGCUCUGGGAGCUGUGCCUCUCCAAUUGCUCCCUUGCAAUAAUGGCCUCCUUCUGAACCAAGAGAAACUUGUCCGACUCGUGUAUCUUGGCAUCGGCCGCGCCACCGCAGUCACCUUCGCCCGCACAGGCAAAUACGACCUCGCCCUGCACUACAACACAGCGAGCGAAGAAGCCCGCCACAAACUCCUGCACGCCAUCAACGACGUCGUCUCGGCCGUCAUCGACGUCGCCCUCUUCCAAGCGGACCUCUCCUCCUACGACGGCGUGCGCCGCCUGCACCGCGAAGUCUCGGAGCAGUUCAACGGCGUCGACGUUCUCUUCUCGAACGCCGGUUCCAGUGGCGGCGUCACCGGUAUUGCGAGUUUGGGCGAGGUGGAUAUUGAGGUUUUCGAGCGGACCUGGAGGGUCAACACCGGCGGGAGCAUUCUGCUCGCGCAGUUGUGUUUGCCGUUUAUGGAGCAGCAGGGUUGGGGGAGGAUUGUUUUUAAUUCGAGCGUGGCGGCGCUCACGGGCGGUGUGGUCGGACCGCAUUAUGCUAGUAGUAAGAGUGCUUUGCAUGGGUUUGUGCAUUGGUUGGGGAUGAAUGUCGCGAAGAAGGGCGUUACAGUCAAUGCUGUAGCUCCUGCGUUGAUUACGGAUACGAAUAUGUUGCCUAGGGAUGAAGGGAGUGAGAAGAACAAGACUUUGACUGAUCGAAUACCCGUCGGUAGACUUGGACAGCCGGAGGAAAUCGCAGAGACUGUCUUAUGGCUGGCGAAUGUUGGCUAUGUGACGAGGAAAAUUAUAGGCAUGGAUGGGGGGUCUUAUCCUUUCUAA